AUGGCUCGUGUAGUCCGCUUUACAACCCCUCAACCACAAAACCAUUGGGCAAUAAGUGGUCGACCACGAGUCCUCACCUAUGCCCGAAAGAAGAAAGGCAUUCGGACUUCCCAGCUUCGCCCCUUCACAUCUGACACUGAAGAGGCCUCGGAUCUCCUUUUCCUUCAGAUUUUCUCGCCCACAGGAAAGUCCGCUCUAAUAGUUAAUAUCUAUAAUGCCCCAGUAGGCUGCAUUAGAGCAGGUGAAGCCGCAAAAGCUCUUACAACCCUACCAGAGGCGUAUUUCCCUCAAACAACAAUACUUGCAGGCGAUCUCAACCUACUACACAAUAGAUGGCAACCCUCGCUACAACGCAGCCCUACAACUUUUGCAGAGCCAUUUAUCAACUGGCUGGAUCUCCAGGGUCUAGUACUCAUUUCCGACAUAGACUGUCCCACACAUGAAAGGGGUAACGUGUUAGACCUCAGUUUUGCCUUAAGCCCUCUGACACUCGCAGGAGCCAAAGCUAGCAUAGCGAGCCACUUAGAUGCAACCUCUGAUCAUCAACCACUAAUUACCACUGUUCCAUGGGAUCAGAGAUACAAGGAAACAGCUCAGAAACUAAGAUUUGACACACUAGAUCACACUUCCUUCCUUUCGCUCCUCGCCUCUAAUCUCGCUGGCACCGAGAGCUCAGCCGCGACAGAAGAAGAUCUUGAUGCUUUCGCCGAAAAACUGAUAUCUGCAAUUCAAGGAGCAUAUAGAGGCUCUGCUAAGAGGACCCUAACACAAGGCAUAGGACAACCUUGGUGGAAUAAAGACUGUAAGAAUGCAUUACACAAUUACCGCUCAGGCCUCUGCUCAAAGACAGACUUCCGCAGGAUAACCAGAUGGUCUCAACGACAAUUUUGGCGAGAUAAGCUCUCUACAAUAACACAAAUGAAGGACGUCUUUGAUAUGAGUAAAUGGCAUAAGUCCACAGGCACCUUCCGAAGCCCUCCACUGAAGGAUCCACUGAGACCUAGCAGCCUCCCAGCAGUUACUAUAUAUGAGAAACGAGACGUACUAGUCCGGAAUCUUCUUCAAAACUCGGCUGAGGCAGGAGACAUACCUCUGGACUCCCCAGCAGUCCCUAUCACUAGCCUCUACUUUCCAGAUAUAUUAAUGUCACAGGUGGAGGAGUCAAUACUUCAGGCAGGAAACACAGCUCCUGGCGUAGAUGAAAUCCCAACCUGCAUACUCAAAGUAGCAUGGCCUUUAAUUAAGGAUAAGGUACAAAUGCUAUACCAAGGGUGUCUAAAGAUUGGAUAUCACCCGAAAUGCUUCCGAUAUGUAAUUUUAGCAAUUAUCCAGAAACCAAAAAAGACUGAUUGGUUCUCGCCCAGAUUAUACAGACUAAUCGCUCUCCUAUCAGUUCUUGGCAAAGGACUCGAGCGCCUAGUGGUACGGAAUAUGGCAUGGAUCUCUAUACACUACAAAGUAUUAGCGAGACAACAGUUUGGAGCUCUCCCACUAAGAUCUGUAAAUGAUCUGACCACAUGCCUAACACAUGACGUUGAACAAGCGCUAAAUCAAGGCAUGACUACCUCACUCCUUACCCUAGAUGUCAAAGGCGCAUUUGACGCCGUGCUUCCUGGCAGACUGAUCCGCAGAUUGUGUGAGCAGGGCUGGCCUACUAAUCUCGUCCUCUGGAUCGCCUCCUUUGCUACUGGGCGAUCAGUUCAGAUCCGACUUGAUGGAGAGAUUGGCCCCUCAACAGACAUUGCCUGUGGCCUUCCACAAGGAUCCCCAGUAUCUGGCAUUCUAUUCAUGCUCUACAUAGCGCCUCUAUUCCGUCUAGGAAACCCAAGGAACAAAUUUGGCUAUGCCGACGACGUAGCUAACCUGGCGAUCUUGACAUCCCUUGCUACUAACUGCGAAGCCUUAUCAGACUCACUUCAAGAAGCUCUUAACUGGGGUGCUGUAGAGGGCAUUACUUUCGCACCAGAUAAAUAUAAGCUUCUUCACUUCUCUCGAUGA